AUGGCUGUGAGCAUGGAUGAUGACGUUCCCCUCAUCCUCACCCUGGAUGACAGUGGAAGCAGCACCUCGGCUCCUCUAGAUGACCUGGAUCAGGAGGAGCUGCCUAACGAAAAUGGAGGUAGCUAUGACGUUAUUAAUGAUGCAUCCAGCCCUGCUGCGGGGGACUGCUGUGCACAGCAAAGCUCUGCCCGACACAACUGGGAAAUGAACUACCAAGAGGCAGCAAUCUACCUCCAGGAAGGAGAAAAUAAUGAUAAGUUCUUCACUCACCCCAAAAAUGCCAAAGCACUUGCUGCCUACCUCUUUGCACACAAUCACCUUUUCUACCUAAUGGAGCUGAGCACAGCACUGCUGCUCCUGUCGCUGUCUCUCUGCGAGGCACCAGCUGUUCCUAUGCUCCGUCUUGGCAUCUUUGUCCAUGCAACCCUGGAGCUGUUUGCAUUAAUUGUGGUGGUCUUUGAACUCUCGAUGAAGAUGAGGUGGCUGGGCUUCCAGACCUUUAUCAGGCACAAAAGGACUAUGGUGAAGACUUGCGUGCUGUUUGUACAGUUCAUAGAGGCCAUCGUGGUGUUGGUGCGCCAAACCUCACACGUCCGGAUAACGAGAGCUCUGCGCUGUAUCUUCCUGGUGGACUGCCGUUACUGUGGUGCCGUCAGAAGAAAUCUGCGACAGAUCUUCCAGUCCCUCCCACCAUUUAUUGAUAUUCUUCUCCUCUUGCUUUUCUUCAUGGUGAUUUUUGCCAUCCUGGGUUUUUACUUGUUUUCUCCUAACCACUCGGAUCCGUACUUCAAUACCUUAGAGAACAGCCUCGUGAAUCUCUUUGUGCUUUUGACCACUUCAAAUUUCCCCGAUGUGAUGAUGCCAUCUUAUGCCCGCAACCCCUGGUCCUGUGUCUUCUUCAUAGUGUAUCUCUCCAUUGAGCUGUACUUCAUCAUGAACUUGCUUCUUGCUGUUGUGUUCGAUACAUUCAAUGACAUCGAGAAGAGGAAGUUUAAGUCCUUGCUGCUGCACAAGCGCACAGCCAUACAGCAUGCCUACCGCUUGCUGAUCACCAAACAGAGGCCGUCUGGAAUUUCCUUCAAGCACUUUGAAGGGCUGUUGCGGUUUUACAAGCCUCGGAUGUGUGCCAGAGAGCGAUAUCUCACUUUCAAAGCACUGAAUCAAAGCAAUACUCCUUUAGUCAGUCUAAAGGAUUUUUACAAUUUCUAUGAAGUUGUUGGCUUAAAAUGGAAGGCAAAACGAAAUCGUGAGCACUGGUUUGAUGACCUUCCACGGACAGCAUUCCUUAUUUUUAAAGGCAUCAACAUCCUUGUGAAGUCCCGCGUGUUCCAAUACACCAUGUAUACUGUGGUGGCUGUGAAUGGGAUUUGGAUUCUUGUUGAAACCUUCAUGCUGCAAGGAGGGAAUUUCUUUUCCAGAAACGUCCCAUGGAGCUACAUAGUCUUCCUCACAAUCUAUGGCGUGGAGCUGCUCCUGAAGACCACUGGACUGGGGCCCAUUGAGUACUUGUCCUCAGGUUGGAAUCUCUUUGACUUCUCGGUCACCCUGUUUGCAUUUUUGGGGCUCAUGGCACUGGCGUUUAACAUGGAGCCAUUCUACUUCAUUGUGGUCUUGCGACCCCUUCAGCUUCUGAGGCUCUUUAAAUUGAAGAAACGCUACAGAAAUGUCCUGGACACUAUGUUUGAGUUGUUCCCCCGGAUGGCCAGCCUGGGUUUAACCCUGCUGAUCUUCUACUAUUGCUUUGCCAUUGUUGGCAUGGAGUUCUUUGCUGGCGUGGUCUACCCAAACUGCUGCAACACAAGCACAGUCGCAGAUUCCUACCGCUGGGUGAAUCAUACAGUUGGCAACAAGACAGUUGUGGAAGAAGGUUAUUACUAUCUCAACAACUUCGACAACAUUUUGAACAGCUUUGUCACGCUGUUUGAGCUGACAGUUGUCAAUGACUGGUACAUCAUCAUGGAAGGAGUGACAUCCCAAACCACUCACUGGAGCCGUCUUUAUUUCAUGAUCUUCUAUAUAGUGACCAUGGUGGUGAUGACAAUCAUUGUGGCUUUUAUUCUGGAUGCUUUUGUCUUCCGCAUGAACUACACUCGGAAGAACCAAGAUUCAGAAGAAGACAACGGCAUUGUGCUGGAGAAGGAGAUCUCCAAGGAGGAAGUGGUGGGCAUAAUUAAGCUGUACAAGCGGAGUUCAGCUGCCACUGAAACAGCUCAGCUGCAGAAGAUCGUUUUGCAGAUGGACAAAUAUGGGCAAAUGUCAACACUGUUUCUGGGACGCAGAUCAAGGACCAAGAGUGAUUUGAGUAUGAAGAUGUAUGAGGAGGAGAUACAGGAAUGGUAUGAGGAGCAUUCCAGAAAAGAGGACUCUCAGACACCGUUGCAAGAGCCUGCAUCUGCUUCCAACAGCUCUCUGAAGCCCCUGAGCCUCCGACAGCGCUCCCAGACCGUCAUUUAGGCCUAGCUAACGCAAGCCGCCUUCUAUGCAAUAACCUAGAGUAUUACUUCACAGCGUGUAUAUUGGGAUAUGUGUAUAGAUCUGUUCAGUGUACUGUUGGCCUUUAGGGUUUAAACUUCUUCCCCUAGGCAG